AUGGCACAGCUUCGCCCAUCUCCCGCCAUCUCCUGUAUCAGACCCCUCUCCGCCGACUUUGCUCCUAGACCGAAAGAUUCGAUUCUGUACUCAAUACUUCCGUCUGCGGUCCAGUGCCGAAUUCCACGUCUGCCAUCACUUCGCAGAACUGUGAGCAUGUAUGGACUUGCGGGGAGACAAAGAUCUACAGAAUUAGACUCAAGGCCGAGUUCGGGAUAUGGAACACCGGAACCUAGCUAUACAUCUGCGAUGGUGUUGAUGGGGGGAAGAGAAGAAGAAUAUGCCGUUGAGAGCGUUUCUGAUGAAGAUACUUCUCGCCCGAGUACUGGUGAGGGAAGUCAUCCGGUUGGGAUGGGGUUGACAGACUCGAGUGGCGGGAUAAAUUGGAAGUUCGCAAAUCAAGGACUCAGCCUCCUAAGUCUCGCUCUUGAAGAGUCUUCCGUCAUCUCCCGAGACAACCGAUUAGGGAACGCUAGUUUUGCGAGGCAGCUAUACAUACACUCUCUCACAUACCUCCUUCGAGCUAUGCCACCCGAUCUUACUACAGAAGAGCAGUUGAGUGUGCGGAGCGCAUUGCCAUCCGGUGUUGUCGAAACUCUCCGUGUCGAAGUACACCCCAGCCACAACCAAACCACACACACCAAUCAACCAUCCGUCCUCCACCGAACCCUAGCCUCAAUAAUAAUCCAACUCUUCCUCUUCUUCCAAUUCAUUAUCCCUUACCUUAAAUACCUGCUUCAUUCCGCGUACCAAUACGACCGGGAACACAAGAUAUCAGAGAAAGUGUUGAGCCAAGGCAUCGAGACUAUAGACGUACUCGGUAAACAGAGUCUGAGUUUGACAAGUGCGAUAUGUGGAAUGGGUGAUGGGAAGGUCGGGCAGGUGAUUACACGGAGCGCGGCGUGGGUCGUGGAAGGUGUUACGGGGGGUAUUCAUGAGGGUGUUGGGGAGGGGAUGGUUAUUGUGGGAGCGAGGAUUGUAGAGAGGAGGCCAUGA